CGGAAAACAGUCAUACGAGAAAGAUCUAUUAAUAUUUAACACACACAAAGACUUACAAAUGUUAUUACAAAUGUCAUACUGACAUAUUUAAAUAUAGAUAUAUAUCGUCGUUUUUAUAAUUAUAAAUAUUAAAUAUAUUAUAUAGAUGUUCGUAUGAUUUAGUUUUUAAAGUUUAUAUUAUAUAUUCUGUUGUCGCCGGCUAUAAGUAUAUAGAACGAGCGAAAAAGACAGAACAUAGUUUCUUGUUGCGAUCAGCUGUGAUUUUAUAUAAAAUAGUCCAAAGUGUUUGAGCAAAAGAAGAUAUUGAUAGAUAUUAUGGAAGUGUUGUCUGUGAAUCAGUUCAAUGGGCAGUUCACGUUUGGAAACGGUGUUAAAGGAGGUUGGUCUAGUACCGCUCCUCAGCACUCGGAAGAAACAAGCCAGGAAGACUCUCUGAGCACGAAUCCUCAGUCCUUCCUGGCCAGGAAUUUGGCCAGGGAACUUCGCUCAGCUAAGCAGAACCAUCUUGCCUGUUCUGAAGUCCUUCUCCCUAGUGAUUUGUUACAUCGCGCUGCUAGCGAAAUAGUCAAAGCCAGCGAGUGCGAGCCCUGCGGUGUCAGAGGGUGCACGAUUUACGUCGAAUUCGAACCGUCUUCGGGAAGCAAUUCUAGCGCAAAUAACUCAAAUGAUAAGAAAUCGCAAAAGAAAGUCAUCGCUUGCUUGAGACCGGACGAAUCGACGGUGUCCACAUUCGAGCUCUAUCUGACUCUCAAACAAGAGAACGGAUGGACGGAUAGGCUGCCCCAGUUUUUGAAAAACCUAACGCGGGGCGGAACGGUCGUGAUCAGCCCGGACUUCACACUGAGCAAGACACUGCUCUACCGUUCUUACCGGGACUCGUAAGUUGAAGAAACCAUCCAAAAAUAAUAUAAAACAAAUUAUAUUACUUACAUCAUAAAAUAUAAUACACACGACUGUAUCAAGUGUACCUGCGUGCAGCAAUUUAAGAAGCGGCACUUAAUAAACUCUCGUGUCUAACAUGAGGGAAUCAAAUUUAAAAUAACAUUAAAAAAAA